AUGAAAGCAAAUCCUUUCGGUCAUGGACUUCCUAUGCAUAAAGGAUCUCCAAUAAAGUUAAUGAAAUAUGAAUUAGGAACGAUAAAAUUAAAUCAAUUAGCAUUGGAUAUCAUUGAAAGUAUUAAAGAACCGCUUGCUAUAGUGGUUGUUGCGGGUGCAUAUCGUCGUGGGAAAUCUUUCUUUGCCAAUCUUUUACUUGGUCGUCACGACGGAUUCUCCCUUGGCUCCCAAGUAACUGGCUGUACACAUGGUAUCGAUAUGUGGGAUACUCCGUUCUAUGUGAAUGGAAGCAGAGUAAUAUUAUUGGAUUGUGAAGGAAUAAAUGACCCACAGCAAGAGUAUGAUUGGGCUACGAAAUUAUUUGUUUUAGGUCUUACUAUAUCCUCAACGUUCAUCUAUAAUAUUAAUGGAGUAAUCGAACGAAAUGAUAUCGAAAGACUUUUCUUGAUGAAAGAUCUUACGAAAUACAUUCAGCCACCGACUAAUUGUCAGUUUUUGCCACAACUCGUUUUGUUGUUGCGUGAUUUCGAACUGGAGCGUGACUUGGACUUUCGUCAGUACUUCAUCGAGAGGUUAGCAACAGUCAAUUUUGAAGUUCACCCGAUUGCGCAUCCUGGCGUUCAUGGCGAAACUUUGCAACAUUUAGAAAGUGUUAACAGUGAUCAAUUUAAUGGAGAAUUCGUAUCUGAUAUACGCCAAGCAAUAGACGCAAUAUUCCGAUCGAUCAAUCCUAAAUAUAUUGGUGCUUCACCAAUGACUGGUCCAGCCUUUGCAAAAUUUUUGUCGGAUUCUGUAGCACAAAUAAAUAAACCGGAAACCAAUAUAUGUCUCUCGAUUCCAAGCGAAUACGAGUCAGUGGCCAGAUACGUUGGCCAACGAGCGAUCAAGGAAGCCAUAAAAAUUUACCGAGAAGGGAUGCAAACUCAUCUUGAACGUCCCAUCAAAUGGACGGACUUUCGUGAUGUUCACGCAGGAUGCUUAAAAAAAGCUCAAGAAAGGUUCUUUGAUAGGGUUUUGGGUACGGCUUCACAUAUUAAAGUGAUCGAAGAAGAAUUUUCUGCUGAUCUUGAAGAAGCCAGAGAAGAAUAUUAUAAACAAAAUUCGAGAGCUUUAGAACAAUUUAAUAAUAAUAUUGCUGACGCUUGUUGGAGAAAGUAUUUAUUGCAGCAAUAUGAUGUGAUGAAUGAAACAGUGCUAUCGAAAGCACUCGAAGACUUUAAUUUCGAUUUUAGUUGGAAAAUGAUUCCAGGACCAGAGGCAACACGUGUCUUACAACGAUACAUAUCAACGGAAUAUCAAGAACUGGUUAUGCGUUUAGGAGAAAGUAAUAAAAUACCAUGGGAAACAGCAUUACAAUUACUUGAAAUAUCUAAUGAUGAAAAAGAACUACUCGAAGCCGUAGCACCCGAACAUGAAUCAGAAAUGCAAUUGGUAUUCACGAAAAUAAGAACCAAAGAACGAGAGAAACAAUACGAGAAAAAGCUAGAACAAUUAUGCACAUGCGUGAAACAGCAGCCAAAUAUAGAACCAUCACAAGUUGAGCAAGUUCAACAAGAGAAUGUACAGGUUUUGGGUGAGGUCAAGGAACAAAAUCAACAGGAAGAAAUGAAAUUAACUAGAUUCGCAGCUCUUCGGAAGCAAAUGACUAAAGAAAGGAUGGAGAAGUUGGUAAAAGUCUUAAAAAUUGCUGGACAAGUGGCUUCGAUUGCGUUCACACUAUCGUUAUAG